ACCACUUAGAUUCCUGUUUCUAAGCUGUGAAACGUGUCACUUCCCUUUUUAAAAGCAGCAACCGUUCAUGAGUCACCGUCAUCAUCUUCUCACUCACUGUCCUCAUCAAAGCAGCAGCACGAGCAGCACCACCGCACAGUUUCAGGUUCCAAAAUGGCCAAAGUCGCGCAGAUUUCUCCAGAGGAACUUGAAGAGCUCAGAGAAGCUUUCGCAAAGAUCGACGUGGACAACAACGGUGUGAUUAGCAGAGAAGAGCUAAAUGAGCUCUUCAAAGCUGCUAACCUUCAGUUGCCAGGGUACAAAAUAAGAGAGAUGGUCCAAGAGCUGACCUCAAGCAGUCAGGAGCUCAACUUCGACACCUUCACCCAGUUGGUCCACGGUCUCAAGAGCAGUGAAGUAGCAAAGACCUUCAGGAAGGCCAUCAAUAAGAAGGAAGGAAUUUGUAAUGUAGCCGGAACGUCGGAGCAGAGUGGAACACAACAUUCCUACUCUGAGGAGGAGAAGGUAGCCUUUGUGAACUGGAUCAACAAAGCCCUGGAGAAGGAUUCGGACUGCAAACACCUGCUGCCCAUGAAUCCAGACACCAAUGAUCUGUUCACUGCGGUCAACGAUGGAAUCCUCCUCUGUAAAAUGAUCAACUUGUCAGUUCCCGAUACCAUCGACGAGAGAACCAUAAACAAAAAGAAACUGACACCGUUUACCAUCCAGGAGAACCUGAACUUGGCACUGAACUCGGCAUCGGCCAUCGGCUGCCACGUGGUCAACAUCGGAGCUGAGGACCUAAAAGAAGGCCGACAGCACCUUGUCCUGGGUCUGCUCUGGCAGGUCAUCAAGAUCGGACUUUUCGCUGACAUCGAGCUCACCAAGAACGAAGCUCUGAUUGCUCUACUGCGUGAUGGAGAAAGUCUGGAGGAUUUGAUGAAACUUUCUCCCGAGGAGCUGCUGCUGCGUUGGGUAAAUUAUCACCUGGAGGAAGCAGGCUGCGGCAAGAUCAACAACUUCAGCUCUGACAUCAAGGACUCCAAGGCUUACUACAACCUCCUGAACCAAGUGGCGCCAAAGGGAGACGAGGAGGGAAUCCCAGCAAUAGCCAUCGACAUGUCUGGACUGAGGGCGAAUGAGGACUUGAAGAGGGCGGAGCUGAUGCUGGACCAGGCUGAACGACUCGGUUGCCGGCAGUUUGUGAUGCCACCGGAUGUGGUGCGAGGGAAUCCCAAACUUAACCUUGCGUUUGUCGCCAACCUGUUCAACAAAUACCCUGCUCUGAAAAAACCGGAGAAUCAGGACAUCGACUGGAGCACCAUUGAAGGUGAAACCCGGGAGGAGAGAACCUUCAGGAACUGGAUGAACUCUCUAGGAGUAAAUCCCAGGGUCAACCACUUAUAUACAGACAUCGAUGACGCUAUAGUCAUUUUCCAGCUCUACGAGAAAAUUAAAGUCCCCGUCGACUGGGAUCGAGUCAAUAUACCUCCGUAUCCCAAACUUGGAAGCAACAUGAAAAAGCUUGAAAACUGCAACUACGCCGUAGAGCUCGGGAAAAAAGAGGCCAAAUUUUCCCUGGUUGGGAUUGCGGGUCAGGACCUAAACGCUGGGAAUCGAACCCUUACUCUGGCUCUGCUGUGGCAACUCAUGAGACGAUACACACUGAACAUUCUGGAAGAGCUUGGCGAUGGUCAGAAAGUGACAGACGACACCAUUGUGGCAUGGGUCAAUGACAUGUUAACACAGGCGGAAAAAAAACCCAUCUCUGGAUUUAAGGACCAAAACAUCAGCUCCAGUCUUCCAGUCCUGGACCUGAUUGACGCCAUCCAGCCUGGAUCGAUAAGAUACGACCUUGUGAAAAGUCAAGAUCUGACUGAUGAGGAGAAACAGAAUAAUGCAAAGUAUGCCAUCUCCAUGGCGAGAAAGAUCGGAGCGCGGCUCUACGCUCUGCCUGAGGACUUGGUGGAGGUCAAACCCAAGAUGGUGAUGACUGUAUUUGCCUGCCUGAUGGCGCGUGGCAUGAAAAGGGCCUGAAAAAGGGUGAAGCCAAGGCAGUACAUGCCACUGUACCGCACGGAAGGACUCGUUCAUGUACUCCAAAUUUUUUUUAUUUUUUACACAGUAGUUCCUAGGAGCAAAGAAUAUCAUCAGUUUAGCGUACGCUAGGUACAGAUAGGGAUUGACAUAUCUGUUGUGAGUACAGUUCCUAAACAGUUCCGAAAACAGAGCCACAAAUUAGAAAGAAAAAAAAACAGUAAGUACGGUCUUAUUGCGGAACCUAGGGUCCAGGUUUAACUGCAAAUGAUUCAUAUCUGCAAAAGGAAGUGUGACAUUAUUUGUCAAGUUGAAAUCCUUGCUGGGUUUCAGUGAAAAUUACACUCUGGAAUUUAUUCUUUUUUUUAAAUUUUUUUUAACUAAAGCAGUUUCAUGUUUGUUGAUAAUAGAUUUUGAUCACUUUCAUAAUUGGCUCCAGUUUGAAUCAAAAUAAAAUUUUAACAGUGGCCGCUUACUCACCACUGAGCAGCUGCAGCGAUGUCAGCA